CCGGUCACGUGACAGCUGCAAUGGCCGACACAGACUGUAAGUGGGAUCCUGGAGCAGAUAAGUAUCCGCUGCUUGGAUUCGGACAGGCGGUUAUUGGACCCCCGGGCUCAGGAAAGAGCACGUAUGUGCGAGCAAUGCAGGCUUUGCUUGCUCAGAUGGGCCGCAAAUCCGCCAUCAUUAACCUGGACCCAGCGGGAGAGGACGAACCCGGGGCAGCAGUGAGUCUGCGGGAACUGCUUGGACUUGAAGAAGUGAUGUCGGAGUUGCGGCUGGGACCAAACGGGGCUUUGCUGUACUGCAUGGAGUAUCUGCAGGAGAACUUGGACUGGUUGCGGGGCAGGCUGCAGGGCCUGCGGGGGACAUACUUCCUGCUGGACUGCCCAGGGCAAGUAGAGCUCUACACACAUCACCCGGCCCUGCCCGACGUUCUGCGGCGCCUGGGUGCCUGGGGGCUUCGGUUAUGUGCUGUUCACCUAGUGGACUCCCAUUACUGCACAGAUCCAGCGAAGUUCAUCUCUGUUUUAUGUACUUCACUUAGCACUAUGCUUCAUGUGGAGCUGCCACACAUCAAUGUCCUGUCCAAGAUGGAUCUCAUUGAACAAUAUGGCCGCCUGGCCUUUAACCUGGACUACUACACUGAGGUCAUGGACCUUUCUUAUUUGGUUGAACAACUGACAUCUGACCCCUUUUUCCGCCGCCACAAACGUCUCCAUGAGAAGUUGGCAGAGGUUAUCCAGGAUUAUGGAUUGGUGACCUUCAUGCCACUGAGUAUUAAGGAUGAGAAGAGCUUGCGGUUAGUUCUCAGUGCUGUGGAUAAAGCCAGUGGAUUCUGCUUUGGGGAGACAAAGCAAUCACUUGGGAAUCUUAUGUCUGUGGCAGUGGGGGCAGAUUUCCAAUUCACAUCGUAUCCUUCACAUGAUUGUAGGGGUUAGUAGUAGGACUGGCGAACAUUCUUCAGUGCACAGAUUGAGGGGGCACAGUUAGGUAUCAUAAUGCACUGUUGUUUUUCCUGUGUACCCCUAAAUGCAUAACAGUCCACUAUCUCUCCCUGUGUUCUUCUCUCCAUAGCUGCUGUAUAAGGAGGGGUAAGGAGGGUGGGUAAGGAAUGAGUUUAUGAUGUUUACUUUAAAAUGUAAAAAACAAAGUCACAUUGAGAUCUGUUGAGUGUAGGCUCAACUGAACGAUGGGUUUGUUUCAUUGUUUCCCCAAAAAACUGUCACCUUAUUUGAAGUAUAUGUCACACAGCAGAAUGUUUUCCCAAUGCUCCUAUUGCCUGUAAUUUAAUUUAUGUGAUUUCUGUUGGCUGUUUUAACUUUAUUCCAACUAAGCCCCAUUAGCCAUUUGCUACAAUUUUUUUUUUUCGAGGUAUACUGAAAUAUAUGCCUUCAAAUUUACAUACAUAAUUAAAUUAGACAAACUGCUCAAGUUAUAUGUCUCCUUUAAUUGUAGAGACAAGCAUUAAGUGGUAAAAUAAAUGGUGGGGGAAAUUCUCUGCUUACAUAUCAGUUUCACUUCAUUCUACCAAGGUUUCUCCUUAACCAAUGCUAUCCCAGGACACUGGCAUUCCAGGAGAAAUAUGUGGAGAAGGAUAAACGCACCGUGGAGGAAGAAGCUUUAGACCUAUGAACAAUUCACCUUUCCAGAAAAGGCGCUGCUUCUGUAUUCCAUUUUCUUGAGUCUAGUGCUACAGCAUUUUUGGGUUAUAUUUGAAGGGGUUUGCUAAAUUAUGUUUUUUUCUAAUAAAAAUGUAAA